AUGGAAAUGUUCCGAGAGCUGUUCGAGAGCAUGGACCAAUGGCGGCCCAAGGUGCUCGUGAACACGAUCGAGGAGCUGGAGGCGGACGUGCUCGUGGAGAUGAAGCGGCACCUGGACGUUGUCACCGUCGGCCCCAUGGUCAGGUCCUCGACGGACGCACGGAUCCAUCUGUUCGAGCUCGACGUCGGCGUGGACAAGAAGAGGUACAUGGAGUGGCUUCGUGCCCACCCGGACAGGGACGGGGUCGAGGACGAUGGCGACGAUGAGAGCAGCCGCCAUGGCUCGCCGGACUUGGAGAACACCCAGCAGAGCCAGCAGGGGAUGGUUGUGGACUGGUGCGACCAGCUGGAGGUCCUAUCGCACCCGGCGGUCGGGUGCUUCUUCUCGCACUGCGGGUGGAACUCGACGGUGGAGGCUGUGGCGUCCGGCGUUCCGAUCGUUGGUGUGCCCAACUCGUAUGACCAGCCGACGAAUGCGUACUUGGUCGAGGAAGAGUGGGAGGUUGGCGUCAGAGGAGGGCGAAACAGCGAUGGUGUCGUAACAGGGACAGAGCUGGCUAGGUGCAUUGAGUUGGUCAUGGGUGAUGGUGCAAAGGCAGUGGCGAUAAGGGAGAGGAUGAAGGAAUUGAAAGAGAUAGCGCAAGCAGCAGUGAGUACAGGCAGGUCUGUGGAGAGAAACCUCUGUGACUUUGUCAAAACAUUCCAAGCUCUUGAGUCCUGA